AUGAAACAAACAAACACCUUCAUCCUCUCAUCUCUCCUUGUUAUCUUCUUAGCAUCAUACAAGACCAACGCGAGCGUACAAGAAGAUAACGAAUUUCUUGACGCCCACAAUAAGGCCCGUCGUCGUGCAGGCAUGCCACCAUUUACCUAUGAUCAAACCCUCGCUAAAUAUGCUCGCAAGUAUGCGUUGUCCCAUGCCAAUGAUUGUGCUCUACGACACUCAAACGGGCCCUAUGGCGAAAACCUCUUUUGGGGUAGCGCUGACGGUAGCCGUUUGAAAUGGACCCCCAAGGACGCAGUCUAUGCUUGGAUAAGAGAACAUAAGUAUUAUGACAAGAAGACAAAAUCGUGUAUUCCUGGGAAAAAAUGUGGUCAUUACACACAAAUUAUGUGGCGAGACACCAAAAAGGUCGGGUGUGCAUUAUCGUAUUGCAAUAACAAAAGCACAUAUGUUGCGUGCGAGUAUGACCCCCCUGGGAAUUUCGAGGGACUUUCCCCAUUCGAAAGACAUGAUCCAUUCAUCUAUGGUAAAACUUGA